CUUUUUUGUGCGUGUGGCUCCCCCACAACAGCACCAUCUCUGGCAGGUGGUGUCGCCCUUCAAGGAAACAGCAACCGGGCGACCGUUAAUAUCGUUUUUUGAGUCUUUAGCACGGAAUAGGUUGCGUGUGGGUUGUUUGAUCACUAUUAUAUUAACGAGUGAUCAUUUCACGUAUCCACGGCCAUGACAAGCUUUGACAAGCCACCCGGAACGCGGCGGACGAGCUAGAAACGAGAACGUCGGGGUUCCCCCCUUCCUCUUCGAGGCUGGCUGCCACUUUGGUGGUCAAAAAGGAGCCAGCGACUUGUUCAACGCUUGUGGAACCGGGAACGAGCGAGUGAGGCCGUGGUGGGGGUAUUAGAAGACCCCUCCACUCCCAAUAACCAGCAACCACCACGCCGCUGCUCUCAUCUCCAGGAGUUGGGCUCUCCCUUCGUCGGCGAUAUGUCGAUGUGAAACGUCGAAGCUCCAUUUUUGUUGGGGGGUGGGGGGUGUAAGUGAGGGUUUUUGGGGUUGAGAUUGUUGCCCGUUAACAUGCGGAGUCCAAAAAGCUGCGGACCUUCGUUUCUGCUUUGAGAAGGAGACAGGAGGAAAAAGGGGAGAACAAAAAAAAUGAGGAAGCGUCUACAUAAAGACCCCGAAAAUGACAAGGUCUUAUUUUCUGGUGGGUCCUCAGGCCUGGAUUUGAGCAGAUCGAGAAGGAAAGGCUCUCCUUGAGGUUUUUUGUUGUUGUAAUAUUUGUUUUGAUUGCCAUCACUAUGACACCAAAGGAGCGCAAACGGUGUUUUUCCCCCCUUUGGAAGUUGUGCCAGAGUGGCUCACAAUGAACAGAAACACUUUCAACUUGGAUAAAAGAUCGUGUUGUUGACAUUUUUUGCUUGCUAUAUUUUCCAAGUAUUUCUUUGUUAUCUCCCUGACUAUUCAAUGGAAGUAUGCUAUCAGCUACCGGUGUUGCCUCUAGACAGGCCGGUUCCCAAGCACGUCCUGAGCCGCAGGGGAGCCAUCAGUUUCAGCUCCAGUUCCUCGCUCUUUGGGGCCCCAGACCCCAGACAGCUUUCACAGAGACGCGGGGCCAUCUCGUACGACAGCUCGGACCAGACGGCGCUUUACAUUCGUAUGCUAGGAGAUGUGAGAGUGAGAAGUCAGGUUGGAUUUGAACCGGAACGACGAACCUCCCAUCCGUAUCUGUGCAUCGACUUCCGAAACCUUCACACACGCCUAGGCAGCGAGUCAGAAGUGGCAGUGUGCUCGGCCCCCGAGAGAAGGGUGCGCCGGUUGCUCAGCCUCCAGAGGUACCUUCACUCGUCCCGCCUGCUCCGGGGACUAGCCCAGCAGAUCCCACUCCCCAUCCUCGACGAAGACUACAGUGGACAGGCCCGCUGCAUGCUGGAGAAAGUGGGCAACUGGAAUUUUGACAUUUUCCUCUUUGACAGGUUGACCAACGGAAACGGCUUGAUCACGCUGACGUUCCACCUGCUGGAUCAAUACGGCCUGGUGGAGCUGUUCCGACUGGACGUGGUUCGGUUGUGGCGCUUUCUGGUUCUGGUCCAGGAGGACUAUCACGCCCACAAUCCUUACCACAACGCCGUGCACGCCGCCGACGUCACGCAGGCCAUGUACUGCUACCUGCGGGAACCCGCGCUGUCCAAGUCUCUGACGUCAUACGACAUCUUGCUGGGCUUGCUGGCCGCCGCCACUCAUGAUCUGGACCACCCUGGAGUCAACCAACCCUUCCUCAUUAAGACUGACCACUAUCUGGCUUCACUCUACAAGAAUACCUCAGUUCUGGAGAAUCACCACUGGAAGUCUGCCGUGGGCCUGCUCCGAGAGACAGGGCUCCUCUCCCACCUGCCUGCCGAAGACAGCCUGAGCCUGGAGAGGGACCUGGGCUCGUUGAUCCUGGCCACGGACAUCAGCAGACAGAAUGACUACCUGUCUCGGUUCCGUCUGCACUUGGACCAGAACAACCUGUGCUUGAGCAACGCCAGCCACAGACACUUUGUGCUUCAGAUGGCUCUGAAGUGCGCUGACAUCUGCAACCCGUGCCGGCCGUGGGAGCUGAGCAAGCAGUGGAGCGAGAAAGUCACAGAGGAGUUCUUCCAACAAGGCGACGUUGAGAAGAGACACAAACUGGAAGUCAGCCCGCUUUGUGACCGAGCCAAUAACACAAUGGGCAACAUUCAAAUUGGCUUCAUGACGUACGUGGCCGAGCCACUGUUCACCGAGUGGUCCCGCUUCUCUGACACGCGUCUGUCCCAGACCAUGCUGGGCCACAUGGGCCUCAACAAGGCCAGCUGGGGCAGCCGAGAACAAAGCCCGAGCCCGGACCCACCACCGACACCACCACUAGCGCCAGCCUCUCCAAAGACAAACCUCAGGGAAGGGGAGUAUCCUGACGCCUCUUGACACACACAGACGCACGCACACACUGGGGGGAGCGCCUUGAUCCCAUUAAGUUUGAUCUUUCUUCUCGCUAAACCACUGAUUUUAUUUUAUUUAUUUAAUUUGAUUUGUUAUUGGACGUAGAGCAAUACGUAGAUACCUCAUUUGGCGCCUGCUGUAAUUUCCCUUCUUUUUGUUUUCAAUUUUUUUAAUUUAUUUCUCGCUCCAGAAGACAUUCGUAGUGCCAUUUGAUGCCGAGUAUUCACACGCACCCUUGCGUUGGGUCACGUUGCAAUUAACUCUUCCUCCAAAAGUGACAAGCCCAGUUGUUUGCUGCCUCUCAACCAACCCAGACUGUUGACUUCUCCACUUCACACGCAAACUCUCACUAUUGGAAGCACAACUCCUUUUUUCUUCAUAGCACAAAGCCGUUGAAGCCAUACUCAAACACACACUUGGUCACGUGACUAUCACACACUCACGCAAAGCAGUUGAAGCCAUACACGCACACACUUACACAUACACUUUUGUUUGGUAGCACAAGGCUACACACACACACACACACACACACUCAUAUUUUUUUGGGAAGCACAAAACAGCAAAAGCCAUACAAUACACACACACACACGCACGCACACACAUUGAACUCUUCCGCUCUGAGCCUCUCAGGGUUUUGUCAUUAAAGAAAACGGAGGAUGAGGAACCUCUGUCUUAAAGGGCCACACGCACACACACUCUCACUCACACACCCGCUGUACAGAUGCCUUACGACUAUGCACAAGCGACAAGCUAAGUGACCAAACUCAUCUUGAUGAUAACGAAGAUAAUGACCACAUUCCACGGUGCAAAACCCUCCCGUGAAAAUCGAUCGCAGAUGUUUGUUCCCGCCCCCUCGCUGUUGACAAGUGCUGUGAGACUGUUUUUGUUUUUCCAAACUGUUUACAAUUCUGUCGCGACAGCCAUUUUGUUUUCUCUGGUAAAGGGGACGGAAGGGCAAGACUGGAGUUUUUUGUAAAGGCUUUUCGUGCUCUUUUUCCACUUUUUGAUACAUGGCCGUUGCAAGUUGUUUUUGGAAGAAUAAAAAGAAAACCUCUUGUUGACUAAAAA